AUGGGGCCAGGAUCCAAUGAGUCAAGUCUCUUGACUGUGAUAAUCACGACCUCGCCGACCCCAUCCAUCCCAUCCACACAAUUAGUCUCCUCGGUACUGCGAUCCUUCAACCGACACUGCACGGCACUGCUCGCAGCCCGAGUGAUCGUCGUCUUCGACACCUUCGAACAUGUCACAGUCCGAUCCCGCCUGAAAAAGGGCCAAGCGACGGCAAAAGUCGCCGAAAACUACAGCGACUACAUAGAGAACGUCAAAGAGCUCAUCAUCGCCAAAUACGCUCCCCACGGAGACAAGAACCCAGCAAGCGAGCCGGGAGCCACCGCGCUCCGCGAAUGGCAGGACCGCGCCGAGUUCGGGCUAGAGAACCCCCGCAACGAGGUUACCGUGGCCAUCACGCAGACGGCAGACCAGCAAGUCACGUUCAUCGAGCCCGCCGCGCGCCUCGGGUUCGGACUCGCUGUGCGCUCGGCGCUGAGGAUAUGCGGGACGCCAUACGUCUGGGUGCAGCAGCACGACUGGGCCCUCGCGGCGGAUAUCCCGCUAGCGCCGCUCCUCGACGUGAUGGCGAGUUCGGACGCCGACGAAGCCGCGCCGGUUAAGUACGUCUCGUUCCCGUCGGAGCGCAUGCGCUCGUACGCGGUGUCGGCCUGCGUCAAUGACUACCCGGCGCUGCGGGAACUGACCGCGUCGCUGAAGAGGGACUUCACGCCGCCGUCGCAGCCGGAGGUGAAGGUGCCGCUGACGCCGCUAUUCUUCUGGUUCGAUAAGCCGCAUCUGGCGUCGACGGAGCACUAUCUUGCGCGGGUCUUCCCGAGUCGGCUGGCGAUGCGGCGGGGGGAGUUCAUUGAGGAUAAGAUCGGGCAGCGGGCGAGACAUAAUAUGAAAGAGGGCCAGUGGCACCGGUGGGCCUGUUGGCUGUAUUAUGCGGAUGAGGCGAAGGUGCCUUAUCUCCGCCAUUUACACGGGAGGACUUGGGAUGGUGUAGAUGGGAAGUUAUACCUGAAAUAUGGGUGUGUUGAAGAUGAAUGA